GCUGGCAGUCCUGGCAGAUAGGCAGCUCCAGUUGCUUUGGCACAUCUUGCUGUGGACUGCGAGAUGAGAAAGUCAAUGCUCUUCCUUGGCUUUCUUCUUGCUUUCCUUGGCCUGGCUCUGCCAGGCACCCAGGGAAAAAUAAUUUCCAGAUGUGAGAUGGUGAAGAUCCUACGUCGGAAUGGCUUUCAGGGCUUUGAGGGCACAACUGUUGCUGACUGGAUGUGCCUGGUGAAACAUGAGAGUGAUUAUAACACAAGAGCGUACAAUAACAACGGUCCAAGCAGGGACUAUGGCAUCUUUCAGAUCAACAGCAAGUAUUGGUGCAAUGAUGGCAGGACUGCUGGAGCCACGAAUGGCUGCCACAUCAGCUGCUCAAAACUGCAAGAUGAUAAUAUUGAGGAUGAUAUUCGGUGUGCCAAGAAGAUUGCUCGGGAGGCUCAUGGCCUCAGUCCCUGGUAUGGCUGGAAAAACCACUGCCGGGGCAGAAACCUGAGUUCCUAUGUCAGAGGUUGCUAAAUGGCUCCACAGGUGUUGAUGGUUUCCUCAGAAUCACCAGAGAUGGAGAAUGACACGUUGGGAGAGGAGGCCAGGGAAAGGGAUGGGUGUGGGGAAUUAAAAGCAGUAUAUUAUUAACACAGAGUGGGUAGUGGCUAGUGCUGGCUCUGGAGACCUUCACACUGCUGCAAUGCAAACAGAGAACUUACAGCUCGUAGCUUAACUUAAUAAAAACAAGGCUUAGCAAAAGGCCACUACAGGUGGAGUUUCAGCCUUGAUUUACUUGCAUGAUUUUGUUGCCCUAACAGGGUUUAGCAACAUUUAGGGUUUCUCUCUCUUUUUGUAUCUUUCUCUGUUCUCCUUCACCCCUCCUUUCCUCCUCUUCUUCCUCCACUUUAUUUUUUUGCCCAUUCUUAUUGGAAUGUCUGUAGUGAGAAAACACAAAAAUGUAAUGAACACUGUGUAAGAUGUGCAGAAUUAUGUUGCUUUAUGACUGGGACAGUCACUGGUGGAGGUGGGGACAGAGAGAGAAAAC